AUGUUCGGUCUCUCUCUCCUCCCCCUCCUCCCUCUACUCUUCCAAACACCUCCAACAACCGCCGCAGCCCUCACCUACUCAACCCGAGAGAAAUGCCAAAGUAGCGCCGGAACCCACUGCCCAAAAGGAACAAUAAUAGUCGGCAAUAGCAGCAUUGCAAACUUCCCCACCGUCCAGGAGGCAAUCACUUCCUUGCCAGACAACAAUACCCCGGCAACAAUCCUUCUUCUCGCAGGCACCUACAAAGAACAAGUGAACAUCACCCGGGCCGGACCUAUCACUUUACUGGGACAGACGAAUAACCCGAAAGAUGCCUCCCGCAACCGCGUGACGCUGACCUGGGCCGUCGCGAAUAAAGAUUCAACAGGCCAAUCUGUGGAUAACGUUUACUCGAGCGUGAUGAUCGUUGCGCCGACGCUGAAUGCUAGUAUUACCGGUUCGGGACCAACAGGGUUCGCCGUGCCUGACGACACGCCCUUUGGAAAUCGGGAUUUCAGGGUUUAUAAUGUUGAUUUUAGGAAUACUUGGGCCGAGUAUUCGGAUGGGCCGGCCCAUGCUAUUAGCUUCAGCCGGGCUAAUGGGGGAUUCUACUAUUGUGGAUUCUAUUCUUACCAGGAUACGGUCUACAUCGGCAAACUAGGAAACGCCUACUUCUACAAAUCAAUCCUAGCCGGCCAAACAGACUUCCUCUACGGCUUCGGCACAGCCUGGAUCCAAUCAAGCACGAUCCAGCUCCGCGGCUGCGGCGGCGGCAUUACAGCCUGGAAAGGCACAAACACGACCUUUGAAAACAAAUACGGCAUCUACAUCGCAGACUCGACGCUCAAAGCGGCGAAUUCUUCCAUCGCGCCGUCGAUGAAGGGCGAGUGUGCGUUGGGUCGGCCGUGGAAUUCGCUGCACCGGUCUAUCUUUGCGCGCUCGUAUGAGGACGGGAGUAUUGAUUCGAGUGGGUAUAUUGAUUGGGUUGUUAGUGGUGUGGCGCGGUAUGAGAAUGGGACUACCCUCAUGGCGGAGUAUAAGGCUUAUGGUCCGGGAUUUAAUGAGACGGGGCGGGUGGAGGGGGUGGUUACGACUGUUCUUGAUGGGAAGGGGUGGGCGCCGUAUAGUGAGCCUGCUAAGGUUUUCCAGAAUCAGGAGGGUGUUUUUGGGGAUGUUAAGUGGAUUGAUUGGGAGGUUGUGCGGUCUUAG